AUGCCCCCCGCAGAGUCAGAGGGUUCCUUCCGCCCCGAUAACCAACUCUUUAACGACAGCCCUCCAACCAACAACCCAAUCCCAGUGCCUGAACCAACUGGAAAAAAGAAGAAGAAGGGAAAAGACAAGAAUGGGUCUAAAGGAAAAGAUACAUCAGCCAAACCGAUACCGCCCAUGGAAUCUAAUGAUAUCCAAUUCUCACCACCUUCCCAAUCUGAUCCCUCGUCAUACCCUGGAAAUGUUUUCACCCCCGCGGCUACCAACCCCGCUUUGUCCUCGGUCUCUCCCGUGUUAGACGCGUUGGGGGCCAUCAACCAUGUUGAGAGUGAUACUGCCACUCGGACAGGAGCAUGGGCAAAGUCAGUACCAUUUGGGAAGAGUCCCCCGACUGACCUACCAGAUCCUGGAUUCAGCAGUGGUUCACCGCUAAGCAUCCCAACGCCAUUCGAGCGCCCGGGCUUUAGCAGUCACUUCUCCUCUUCAGCAUCUCCGCCGCCGACGAGGGCCAGACCAACAAGUACAAGCUAUGGUCAGUUUGGGAUCACACCGUCCCCUCACCGCUCUGCAGACCUACAAAAACGCAAUUCCAUGGGAAGUCACCUUCAAACGAACCCUCCGCUACCCCAUCUUCCACAAGCUCAUUUCUACAGCGCGCCGGAAAUUGACAUUCCUACUCCCAACCGACUUGCUGCGGACAGUCAAUAUUCGUUCUGCGCCUGGGACACUAUAUCAGAACAGUCAUUAAAGUCGGUCAAAAUGGGAGGGCGAGUACUUGUAGUAGGGACUGACGGCGGCGUCGACGUUUUGGCAGUAGAAGAUCAGAGAGUCCGCACCGUGGGGAGUUUGACUGGAUUGAAUGGUCGUGUAUUGGACGCGAAGAUUCUGUCGUGCACGUCAAGAAACGAUCCAUACGCGUCUUCACGACCCCAUGUAGCUGUUGUUCUCCAUGGUCCCAUCGCCCACAAAGAAGACUCCGCAGAGACAUCUUCUGCGGGAUCCGAACAGAAUGAAAUUCUUCCAGGCUUGUCAGUGAAGCCGUCGCCCAGUGACCAAAGACCGCAAGGCAAAGAUGAAACCGUUUAUCAAACCAGCGUGGAUGUCUACUCUAUCAAAACGGGGGAACAUAUCACGACCCUUUUCCAAAGCAAACCUGUGUCUUGCUUUGACAACUACCCAAACUUAUCGCUGUUGGCACCAGCUCCUGUCGGAAACCUAAGAUUGUAUGCUACUCACAAUUAUGUUGUUGUUGCUUGUGGUGUGAGUGGCGAAGUUUUCAUAUACGGAGUUACGCAGUCUGCCUCUGGGUAUCAAUGUUUGGGGAAAACAUGGACUAGCAUUCAAACAAGGGAGUCCAGGCGCUAUUCUACGUCAUCAAGCUCUACCGAUCCCGAUGGUUCUCAGAUUGAUGGACAACAUGGGGCAACAGCUGUGGAAUGCCCUAUUGUAUCUGUGUAUGGGCGGUGGCUAGCUGUUGUUCCACCUGCGUCUGCACCGAGAGCUCCUCCUUCGGGGAGAGUGCUGGCACAUCUCAUCCAUAAGAGAAUCUCUAGUCUCGACAUCCAUACACCCCCACCUAAACCUGCUGUCAACUGUGCGACAGAUCUGGGAGAGGGAGAAAGUCUGUUCGAUAAGGUUGCUCGAGGUGUUACCCAAGAGCUUGUGAAAGGUGCUCGGUGGAUGGGAGAUCAAGGACUCCAGGCAUGGAAUAAUUACUGGAACAAAGAUCAGCAAUCUGCUCAAAAUGGCAGUUCUCGUCGCUCACCACAAUUUGAAGCUCAACAGGGAGCACAUGGCUUGUUCCCUCCCACUCACGGACAAGAUACCGCAGCAGUCCUGUCUUCAGAGCCGGACUUGAUUUCGAUCAUUGACUUGAAAAGAAUGGAGGAAGGACAUGAUCUUAAAGGAUCCACAUUCGCUACUUUCCAGCCUCCGAAUGGCUGCAGCUUUCUCUCAUUCGCACCAAACGGACAUAUCUUGCUAAGCGCCAGCAGAAAGGGCGAUGUGCAAUAUGUGUGGGAUCUUAUGCAAGCCAGAAAUUGCAGAUCUGCUGUCUUUCUAUCUGAUGAGCUGGCAAGUAACAGCGCUGCUACGGCUCAUGUACGGCUAGUAGCACGAUAUUCUCGUCUGACUACGUCGAACGUUGUAGAUGUUGUUUGGACGACACCCACUGGAGAGAGAUUUGCCAUGGUUACACGGAAAGGGACCGUACACGUUUUUGACGUUCCUCGGCCUGCCUUUCAAUGGCCGCCACUCCGACGAAUACAGUCCAAGUCCAAACGCAGUCAGGCUGCAGAAAAGCCGUCUACAACACCUGACCACGAGGAAUCGGGAUCCUCGAGCCCGUUUGCUGCUGCUAUGAAACUCGUUGGGGGCUCAACGCAGCCUAUUAUUGCUGCAGUGAGAGGCCGUACUCCAAGUGUUGGUGCUAGCUUUUCGGGAACGUCCAGCUUUGGCAUUUCUUCUGCAGCUGGUAUUGGAGGUAAAGCGGUGGCGGCAGGAUUGAGCAAAUCAGUGGGUGCUGCGACUGGCACUGUCAAUACCUUACGUCAUGUGGGAGAGAAUCGAUUGCAUCUGGCUGGCUUUUCAAGGGACCCUGUUCCGUCUCGCGUAGUUUGGAUUCCUAGUCGCAACGAGUCUUUAUUGGGGAUUGUUGAUUAUGGCUUAUUCAAGUUGUAUAAGAUCAAACAGCAUCCCGAUAAACAAAAGGGACGACGACACCAACCAGUGAUCGGAGCCAAAGUCCUUGAGCUCAAACUUCCAUCGUAUUUGCGGAACCCUUGCGGACCACUUCAGAUUGGUCUACCUUCCGAUGGACGUAUCCGCGGGAGCUGGUCGUUGCCAUCACACGUGCCUCAUUCAUCCUCUGCAACGAAAAUGAAGUCUCAACCCUUGUCACAAGCUGAAAUCGAGACGAACACGCCAUAUCAGCCGUUCCAUACUGAUCGGCGAGUCAAUUUGAGUGUAUUCAUUGACUCAACUACUGUUUCAGGUAACCCACAAGAAUCUUGGGUAUUUGGGAAUGACAUCCCAACUCAGAGACUUUACGUGCGGCCACUCAGCCAAAGCGAUGACGAAGAAGACGAAGUCAUGGAUCGAUUGAGUGGUGCACCGGAGAUGGAGAACCUUAUUAGGCUUGGAAACAGCACAGACCAGGUUGAAGAAGUUGUCAUCACCACAAGGAGAAAAAAGAGAAAUGCAGAUGUGCCAUCUAUUGCAUCACCAGGAGACGAUGAUGGCGGAUUUUUCGAGAAUGAUUGCGAUAUUUUGGAUUUUGCGCGAGAUCGGGUGUGAUGUGACAUUACUCCCCCUGAUUAUCUCUUGAUACUAUUAAUUCUCACUCGUUUUG